GCGUGCGCGGGAGGGUGGAGGAGAGCCCGCGACUAGCAGAACGGAGUGGAGUGGCGAACGAGAGGGCGAGAAAGAGAGAACGCCGAACGGUCGAGCGAACGUGCGAGCGAGCGAGCUAACGGGGACCAGAAAGGAGGGCGGAAGAAGGGGGAGAGACCCGUACUCGCGCGCUCGAGAGACCGAGAGGGAAAAUCCGGUUGCCUGGCGACGAGCCAUCUAGUUCGAUCCCAGCCAGCCACCCGACCAGCCACCCUCCUCCGGUCUCUCCUCGUCAUCGUCGUCGUGGUCGUCGUGGUCGUCGUCGUCGCAGGAGCGACGACACCGCUGUGCCGAGGGGAACGGUGCUCCGCUUCGCUCCGUUCCGCUCCACUCCAUUUCGUUCCGUUCUGUUCUGUCACCGGUCCCGGUUUUCUUCCCGAGAGCCGAGAGAUCGGCAGCGAGAGAGAGAGAAAGAGAGAAGAGAAGCUGCCCUUCUUUCUCUCUAUCUCUCUUUGGGAUCAUUUUCUCGCCGUUGGUCGCGUGGGAUGCGUCCGGUAUCGAGAUCGCGGAUACCGGACCAUUGUCAGCGCCUUCGUUUCCGAGCCGCAACGAGCUUCGGAUAAGUCGGGAAAAUGCUGUUCUGAUCGCGGCUCUCUCUCCGCGUUGCGAGGCGUCGUGUGUACGGGGCGAUUCGAUAUCUUGGACACGGUGGUCGUACGUCGUUGUCGGUGUGUGAACUUCCGACGCGGGAACAUUUCCGAAGGACGUUUUGCGCUGAGAGUUAUCCAACUGAUCUCUUCCGUGGCGCGAGUGUGUGUUUCAUCGGUGCUCGCCUGUCACCUCGACGUGACAGCGUGGGAAAUUGCGAGUAUUACGCCCUCGCUCUUUCUCUUUCUCCUUUCCCUUCGGCGGCGGCGCGAGGGAAAGAAAGAGGGACCGUGGCAAGUGCGUUUCCCAAGGACGUCGUCCCAGCGCAUCUCGCUGGACUGCGUGCGCGCCCACAGGUGAUGUCCUUCGCCUGCCACUAACAAAGCGAGAGGAACUGCGCCCGGCGUCGUUUUCGCCACAACGAAAUUAUAACAGCAAUGUUCUCGCGAAGAGAAGAAUAGACAGGAACCGCGGUGCGUUCCCCGUUCACGAAUGACUUCUCGAGAGGAGAAGGCAAAAAGAAAUUAGUUUCAUACGCACAAAUAAUAUUUAUUUACUCGAAAUAAAACGUAUUAAAUAAAUGUUGUGUAAAAUUAAGACAAAUAUAAAUGUCCAUCACUAGCAACAUUUUAACGCCCAAUUCGGAAUAUUGCGUCAAAUUGCAACUAGAUAUGCCACUGCGUCGCUAAUUAGUUGGAACCACCUAAGUUGAAAAGUACUGCAGCUAUAAAAGGAAAGAGAUAUUCAUUAAGAACGAGAUAAGAUUGAUAAUUAUUAAGAUAAUUACCAAGAAUCAGAAUCCUCUUCUAAUUCAUUAUAAAAAUACAAGUCAAAGGGAGGCUAUUUCGUAAAAGAGAAGAGAAGGUGAUGAAAUCAUUCAUUGUAGGAUUACAAUACGUACAGAAAAAAUUAAGAAAACGCGACGAGGAAGAAAGGAGAGCAAAGUAUAUCGAUGGUAGGAAGAAUUUAUGAGGGCAAUUUCUUUCGGCGAGAUCGACGACCCGAUUGAAGUGCACGAGGGGCAAUAAGAAGUGGAGACGAGGAAGAUGAGCCUGGACCGUCGUAGUUCGCGGAAUCUCGCAGGCAGGAUCGUCCUGGGGACGACGGCGGCCGCGGUGGCCUUCGAUGGAACGCCGUACGGUUCAACGACUUAGAGUUGCGUCCAUAGAGCUACGACUUAUACGUAACGUUCGCGCUUAACUGACUGCCCCUUUCCGGACCGUGGCGUAAUACGCGACGUAGCAUAAGAUCGCUAACUAUCGGAGAUCGAUGACAACGUAAAAGCUGAUUGAACAACGAAGAAAAUUCACGUUCUUUUUUUCCUUGACAUGUAAAUCUGGAAAUAAAUCGAAAUACAGGAUAGUUCCUCCCAUAGGAAAUCGAAUUAAAUCCGUCGAAUGAUAUGGCAACGUCUACAUUGGAAUCCACGACAGAGUGACAACCGUACAUUGAGAUCUACAUUAUUCGAGAUUAAAAUGCGAGACUCCUCUUUGACUCGCCGCGCAAUUGUGUUCGCGACUCGCGAUAGAGAUCUCGCAGAUACGUAAUUUAGAUUAAGUGCGCUUCGUCGUGAUAAGAAGAAACUAUCUUGUUUCGGAAGAGGCGCCGCAUUCUGGAAAAUCCUCGGAUCUCUUUCUCACAGACAGAAAUCUACGAAAUUCACGGCAUCAUGUUCCAGUGCAUCAUACAGCAGAGGAACGGCUGGAUCCAUCCCUACACUCCCGAUACCAAGGAUGUCUUCCCAGAUAUACGGCUACAGCUGAACGAACAGCUGAGAUGCCUCGACGUGAGGAUGGAAGCACAAGUCGCCCUCGUGGCCGAGCUCCAGGAUUUCUUCCGCAAAAGGGCGGAACUGGAGCUAGAUUACAGCAAGUCCCUCGAUAAGAUGGCCAGGAGCAUACAGUUGAGGCAUAAGGAGCAGAAACAAAAGCGGGAACAAUGGCCUCUGUUCUCCAGCUACGCCUGCUGGCAGCAGCUCGUAAACGAGACCAAGUCCCUCAGUAGGGACCAUGCCGCCCUGUCCGAGGUCUACAGCACCCACCUCGUGGGCCGUCUCAAUCAGGUGAUGGAGGACGUGCAGCGAAUUUACAAGCGUUGUCGCGAGAUCGGCUACGAGACGCACGAGGAGAUACUCCGGGUAUUACACGAGCUGCAUACGACGAUGAAGACUUAUCAGGCUUACCAGGCCGAGUCUAGGCAAGCGGAGACGAAGCUUCGCGUCGCUGAGCAGCAACGCAACAAGCUCGAAGUGGCGAACGCGGACAGCCGUGAGAAACUCGCACGCAGCAAGAAGUACAAGCUCAUUGAAAAGGAAGUCAACAAGAGGAAGAGCAAGUACCAGGAGGCGAAACUAAAGGCGCUCAAAGCGAGAAACGAGUACAUCCUGUGCCUGGAGGCUUCAAACACGACGAUACACAAGUAUUUCGUCGACGACCUGUCCGAUCUCAUCGACUGCAUGGACUUUGGAUUUCACAAUUGCAUAGCAAGGGCAUUGCUAAUGCACUGCAGCGCGGAGGAGGGUAGGCAGCGUUCCUUGCAAUCUGGCGCCGAACAAUUAGCUGCGUGCGUCGGUGCACUCGACUCUCGGGCGGAUAAGCAGAGAUUCCUGGAGUCUCAUCACGCGGCCUUCAUGAUUCCCAAGAAGUUUGAGUUCCAAGGACAGCGUGGAGAUGAGACGCCCGAACCCGAACUGCAAAAGAUGCUGCAUUCGGAGAUGGAACAACGAUUGCAGCAGCUACAGCAGAGGGUGACGUCGCUACGAACUGAAUCGGAGGAGGUGUGGAAGACUCUGGAGACGGCGGAGGCGAGUCUGCUCGAGAUGUUGACCGCCAAGGAUUACGAUUGCUCGAGAUACUUCGGUGAGAACGCCGUACCUACGUCUAGGCCGCCGGAAACGUUGCAGAUCAAGUUGCGAGCUGACAGACAGGAGACUGAAGAAUUCUACCUCACGAAAUUCAGGGAGUACCUUCUCGGCACGUCGAGAAUAGCCAGGUUAGAUGCAAAACAAGAGUACAUCCGACAGAGUCUGCUGGAUGGGUCGAACGCCAGUCCGAAUCCGUCGAUUUCCGCGACGAAGCAGAAACAAGCGCGUCGCAAGCGGAUCGGUCGCUUGCAGAUGAACGGCCAGCCAAAGCUGUUCGGCGGUUCACUCGAGGAGUACCUGGAGAGUACGAAUCAGGAGAUACCACUGAUCAUGAAGAGCUGCAUCCGCGUAAUCAAUCUAUAUGGCUUGCACCAUCAGGGUAUCUUUCGCGUGUCGGGCUCGCAGGUGGAGAUCAACAACUUCCGCGAGUGGUUCGAGCGUGGCGAAGAUCCACUUGCGGAUGUCACUGACGCUUCGGAUAUCAACAGCGUCGCCGGGGUGCUAAAACUCUAUCUAAGAGAACUGCGCGAACCCCUUUUUCCCAUUAUUUAUUUCGAGCAUCUGAUGGAGUUAGCGCAGCUUGAAUCGAAGCAAGACUUUGUCAACAAGAUGAAGGAGAUGAUAGCGAGUCUGCCGCGACCGGCUGUGAUCGUUAUGCGAUAUCUUUUUGCUUUUCUCAAUCAUUUGUCGGAAUUCUCGGACGAGAACAUGAUGGAUCCGUAUAACUUGGCUAUCUGCUUCGGCCCGACCUUGGUGCCUGUUCCGGAGGACAAGGAUCAGGUCCAGUAUCAGAAUCAGGUUAACGAACUUAUCAAGAACAUCAUUACGUUCUGUGAAGAGAUUUUCCCAGAGGAUAUUGGGGGCACUCAGUAUGAAAAAUACAUCAGCAGAGAACCCGACGACGUGGAUGUUGGAGAUUCGCCGACGGAACAAGUUCAGGAAGACAUGGACUCGGAAGUUUAUCCGUCCGAAGACGAAUCAGAGAAUCUCGAAGCUACGGCGCAGUUUGACUUCAACGCGAGGUCUGAAAGAGAACUGAGUUUCAAGAAGGGCGAUACCUUGACGUUAUACACGCAGGUCAGCAACGAUUGGUGGCGAGGCGCUCUAGCCGGCAGGGAGGGACUGAUUCCUGACAAAUAUAUUAUGCUCAAGAUAAAGGAUGAAGAGCGUGAAAAGGAACUUUUAAAAUCGUCCAGCGAGGAAUCUAUGCGUAGAAGAGCGUCCAGCUCGGCGGACAGCAUGCUGUCGAGCAAUAACUCGCCGCUGAUGGGCCCGUCGGCGAAUCCGAGCACUUGGUCGUCCGGCGCGGCGUCCGAUAUGUCAUCCGCCACGACGAACAUAAUAACGGACAAUAGUAACGCCAGCGGUAUUAUCGCGUCCGUAGUGACGAAUGUGCCCUGCAUCUCGUCGUCGGCGCAGCCGAUCAUCAGUCGAGAGGCUGAUUCCGUGACUCCGUCGAGGCCGGCCAGAGCGUCCACCCCUACGGAAAACGAGAAACACUCGGAGCAACAUAGACGGAACGCGGACGGCGUUCUCCAAAUCGCCCUGGAAAAUAACGUCGACUCCAUCGACGGCGAUUUCUCAAACUCCGUUCAACAGCAGCAGCAGCAGCAGCAACGAGGCGGUAGCAGCAACGAGGAGGUCACGAAUGAGGAUUCGGGGAGCAGUUCGGUGUUGGCAACGAUGUCAUCGCUGGACGGCAUCGUGGCGAAACGCGGCGCCGGCCGGAAGCAGCAGCAUUGGAAGUCGCAGAGCGUCGGCGAGAGCAUGUUAACCCAGCAACAUCAGCAGCUGCAGCAGCUGUCGCACGCGAACUCUCUACCGACUUCAACGAUGACGACGACGAUCGCUACGAUAACGGGGUCGACGACGACGACAACGACAACGACCACGACCAUCGUGACGCCAGAAGAUGAGUCGCAGGAUCCCCAGACGACGACGAACUUCUCGGCGAAUCGCGAGCUCUGGCAGCGUCGCGCCACUUCGCAGACGCAGCCGGGCUCCAAAUCAUCGUCCUACUCCCGUACGUCUCAGGAGUUCCGCGAGAUGCGGCAAAAGCACACGCCCGAUCUGGUGAUGGAUCUGCCGCUGUCGGCGCAGGACCCGGUCGGCAAGAAAUCCGCAUCGUCCAGCAGCCUGAGCAGCUCGGACGAGGAGACGAUGAUACCGUCGUCCUUGCUGGCGCCGCAGCAGCAAACGCCACUCUCGCGAGCGGAGGCGGCCACGUCGCCGACCGGCGGUCCGGAGUCGCCGGACAUGAGCACCGCCGCCGAGCGCUUCGCCAAGCAGAACCAGUGCACCCUGAAGAAGAACACGAAGACCGGGAAUUCGGAGAACGCCACCCCCGCCGGUAGCAACAAGCUGAAACGGAUCGAGACGGCGGAGCACGACGGAACGGGCGUAAUCGUCGUCGACGCGGAGAACGACGAGAUCGUCCGGUCGGCCAGCUCGAAUCAGAUCGCCGUCGCCGUCGCCGUCGACGGGGAAGGUGGAGGUGGAGGCAGCGGGGGAAUGCCGCUCAGGUCACCCCUCCCGCCGCGCUCCACCCCCAAGAUCGUCGCCAAAUUCGCCGACAUGCAUCUGACCGGCGGCAGCCAGGUGGUUUCGUCGUUCAAGCCGCAGGUCAAGGUCAAGCCGACGAUCCUGCGCAAACCGGUGCUGCCGUUCCCGCAUCCGCAUAUGAGCCCCGAGCUCGCGCGCAAAAUCGAGAAGCAGGCGCAAAGUGCGGAGCAGGCCAACUAGAUUGCCAUAUGAUCGCCGAGCGAAGCCGAGGAGGCUUACGUUUAUUCGCACGUGUUUGUCGGCACGCUUAUCACUCCGGCGAUCGCCGGGUGAUACCGUUCUUCCGGGCGUUUCCUCUCGAGUCACCGAUGAAAGUGAUACCAGGACCAGGUCGGUCGGCGAUACCGGCGCGCGUUUCGAGGAGACGCGCGAGCUCAUCCCGCGUCCCCUCGAGUCGCGGUCGCUCUCGAACGAUGUUACUUGACAAUAACCGUUCCCUCUCGCACGCGCGGAAUCCCGCGUGAGAGACGCGAAUCAUCCAGAGGAGACGCGAUAAAGAAAAAACAAAAUCGGACACCCAGGCCGUCGCCGGGGCGUCAAGCCGAUCGUGCCACGAGAUUUUUCGUGAUUUCGCCGUCUCGAGGCGCGUGUAGCGUGUAGAUUUAGAGCGAUAUACGAAAGCGCGACCACCCAUCGACCAGUUACUCCGCCCAGUCGCGAGGACUUCUACCGUAUUAAUUAUCGUGCCCAGGAAGAAAGGAAAGCCGCCGCGGGAUAGCGACGCGGGUCGCCGCGCAUGCUAAAUCCGGCGCGCGUUCGAGCGGGGCGCAUCGCGAGACCACGGCGCUAUCCUCGCGGAGGCGAGUUUAUUUUUUCUACAGAUGUUUUCCAUUUUCGCAUAAUUUUUUUACCAAAUGAUCCGCGCGAAGCGACGUUUCUAGUCAUCGAGCGAAGAUAAGAAUAAGAGAAAAAAAAAUGAGAAAAAAGAGCGAAAGAGAGAGAGAGAAAGAGAAGUGAGAGUGUGAGAGUGUGAGAGAGAAAAGGAACGAGAGAGAAAGACGUUUAGCAUCGAAGAACGUAAAUUUGUAACGUUGGACGUUGGACGACGGUAUAAUUUAUUUUUUAGCGCGUGCCCGAUGUAUACGCCAAUGAUGAAUUUUCCUGCUACUAUCACUAUACACUUGAUGAGCACACCGUUGCGAGUCGCGUGCCGCGACGAGCACGUUCGAUGGUUCCUUUAUGCGCGAGCGAGUGUAUGAGUUUGAAGAGGAAGAAGAGAGGAAAAAAGAAAGGAGAAGGAAUGGAGAGGGAGAAAGAAGGAGCAUGCCAUUCCCCACAACAACCUUCUCAUCGCCCAAGACAACUCUUUGGUCGUGAGUCCAGGUCUGUUUCUCGCAGAGCGGAAGUGAGAGUGAGAGUGAGAGAGGAGAGAGAGUCUCUCGGGGUCCUGCGAGUCCCGCGACUUUAUCGUUAGGUUUAUCAUAAUAGGGUACGUUACACUAAUAUGUAUACCGCGUGCCGAUCUUAAUUAUAGGUACUAAACUAAUCCAAACAGCGAUGUUCGAUAUAUUCGAGUUAAAGACAGAGAGAGAGAGAGAGAGAGAGAGAGAGAGAGAGAAAAGGGGGAAGGAGGAUCUAGCUAGGUGAUUAAGCCGUUGCUUAUUACAUUUCCGGUUCCGGUACCAACGAGCCGAGAGGAAAAGAGGAAGAGAGAGAAAGAGAGAGAGAGAGGAAGGAAAAAUGUAAAGAAACAGGAGACAACACAUCCUCUGCAACUCACCUCGAUGUUAUUUCUGCAUCGCCACCCUCUGUAAUCGAUCGAAGGGAGGAAAGAAAGGAGAAACUUAUACUCGUGAUUUAACGAUUAUCGUAUACGUGCGUUAACACGCGAAAAGAAAUGUAUACCGCGUAAGCUCGUAUUCGCGAGGAAAUCCCCGUUCGUUCGGCAGAAUUCGCGCGAAUCGACAGCGAAUUCCAGGAGUCGCGUGUUUAAACUUUAAACCCGCGCGACGCUCCCUCACUUUAUGUGUGUAUCGACUAAAUGUUUAGCACGCGUUAAGCGGUUCUGGCGUCGUCAGCGUUAUCGCGAUCUUUGUCAGAUAUCUCUAUCGAUAUCUGAACACUUACAAUUGAUUCGCGUCGAGGAUGUCGAGUCCUCGCCUUUAAUCCCACCGACACUUGAAACAGACUUUUAUCCUCUUACUGCCUCGAUAUUUAGAUAAUUUUUUGUAAUUGAAUCCGAAAUAUUCGAGGAACGCGAGUUCAUUCAAAGUUUCAAAGCGAACAAAGGUAAUUUGUAAUUCACGAAGAGGUUUUAUUUUUAGUAACGCGUAUCUGGGACAUGUCGGCUAUAGAGAAAUCGACAGAAUAAAUCUGUCGUUGAGAAUGACGUGUCGGCGUGUCGAAGAACCGUACGUCUAAUAAUUCGGGGGAAAAAACAACUCGAGAUAUGCGAUAGCGCUGGUUGACAUUAGGAUCGCUUAAGAUUGCAGGCGCUAUACCCACCGCACCUAUGAAAUACCAAAGCGAAAAGAAUACGCCCCUCGUUCACGUUGACUUGUACAAUGAUUUCGUAAUUAUCGAUCUUCGUAAUCGGUUUUCCGGUUUUCAAGCGUUGCCUCGUCGUUCUCUCCUUUUCUUUUCUUUUUAUCGUCUUACAUCCGUGGACUGCGUAUUUUGUAUUUAGUAAUCUCUCCAGUUUUUUUCCUUUUUACGCGGUGCCGACCGCACGCCGGACGAUAUACAUAUAUAAUGAUUUUUAAACGAAUCCGUAAGGUAAUUUAAUACGCAUUAUAAUAAUUUAGUGUAGCCACGUCUUAUCAGUGGAUGAUCCGAGAGGAGCGUAAUAGCUUAAUCGAUAAUCUCUCCCAUUUAAGGCUAAUGACACAUAUGGAUAUCGUAAUAAACGAACUUACAGGCUAUGUUAUAUUA